AAUAUUUUUUGUACCGUAUAGGUGGACAUCAUCAAGAAAAAUGGAUACGCCGCCGAGAUCCACCACGUCAUAACGGAGGACGGUUACAUCCUUGAAUUGCACCGCAUCCCCAGCAGCAUCAGCGGACAGAAGCCCACAAGAAAUCAUCCUGUCUUCUUCCAUCACGCGUUUCUCUCAAAUUCGGCAGGAUGGGUGCUCGGCGGAGCCAACACGUCUCUGUCCAUGCAACUCGCCGACGCUGGAUACGACGUGUGGUUGGCAAAUAGCCGUGGUAACACUUAUAGUAGAAAACACGUGUCACUAAACUACAAGCAAAAAUCUUAUUGGAAUUUCAGUUUACACGAAAUCGGAACUUACGAUUUGCCGGCUGCGGUCGACUAUAUCCUGAUGAAGACAAACACCUCACAGCUACACUACAUAGGUUAUUCCAUGGGCACUACUGUGUUUUACAUCAUGGCUUCCGCAAGACCCGAAUAUCAGUCAAAAAUCAGAUCUCAAAUCAGUCUCGCACCGGUAGCGUAUUUCACUCACACGAGGUCACCGAUUAAACACGUGGCUCCAUAUGCGAGAAUGAUUAACAUUGCUUACCAAAGAAUGACGAACGGAAUGGUUAUGCCGCAGACGAUGACGAAAAAGAUUUUCGCGUCAACUGUUUGUGCAGGGAAAAUGACGCAGAAACUGAUUUGCCAAAGGGGAAUAAUGUUUUUCAUCUGUGGCAGUGACCCGCAGUACUUUAAUACCAAAUUGAUCCCGCUGAUCAUGGGACACUUUCCGUCGGGAACGUCAUCCAUGGUUCCCGAGCAUUUCGCGCAGAUUAAAUUGAAAGACGUUUUCGGUCGGUACGAUUACGGUCUGGUGACUAACGUGGAACGGUACAACUCUACCGAACCUCUCACGUACGAUCUGACAUCGAUCCAGGUGCCCAUCACGUUGAUGUACGGGAAAAACGACUUGUUGGCCGACGUCCAAGACGUGAUGAAACUGAAAUCCCAACUGCCCAGACUGAUGGAUGCCGUGAUGAUUGGCAACCCGUACUUCAACCACUUGGACUUUUUGUGGAGCAUUGAAGUUAACGAACGUGUAAAUGAUCCCAUCAAGGAAAUUCUGCGGAAGACCGAUGAUAAGGACUGGAAGUACUCGGGGCCAAAUCCUCCGCAGUCGAAGGACAUUUUCAAUACCAGUCGCAAUGUCAGUGAUGACUAUAUAGGCGCCAGUGGAAAUGUCAAUAUCAGUGGCAGUUCGGGCAAUGUCGGUGACAGUGGGCAUUCCAAUAUCAGUGACAGUGCAGACAAUGUCGGUGACAGUGGAUAUUCCAAUAUCAGUGACAGUGCAGGUGAUGUCGGUGACAAUGGAAGUGGAGAUUCCGGUAGCACUAGCAACAUCAAUGGUAGUGGUACUCCAUCAGAUUUGGAUUACUUGGCGAAAAACUUGAGCAAGAUAAUAGCGGACUCCAUGCCCAGGCCGAUAGACCGUGAGGGUGAAACAGCCGAUUUCGAACGGGAACGGGUGCUUCAAGAGACUUUGUUGGCGGACGCUAUCGAGUUCGUUCGGUCGGUCCAAAAGAAGUACGGAUCGACGCUCUUCUGGCAAGAGUCUUCAACGCAUCGGAGAAUCGAACAGGUCGUCACGAGCCCGCGGAAUGACGCUGACUGAUGAACGUCGGACUAGCGCGUAAGGUUUGAGCUUUCGUCUCUACAGUAUCGCCCAUCGAAAUAAUACUAUACAUAAUAAUACAAUAUAUAUUGUUAUAUUAUAAUACUUAUAUGCUAUAAAGAAGUCUACAAAAACAAUGACAACAAUCCUGCGAGUAGGUACAAGCUGUAUAUAUAUUUAAUAUUUAUAAUAUGAACACGGCGUAGAUACCUAUAUAUACGCGUAUUUGUAUUGGUAUUUUUAACUUGAAAUUGUAGUAUACCUAUGACUGCAACUGGUAAGUACAUCAAGUUUCAAAAUCUAUUCUUUUCGUCAGUAUUUUCAAUCGAUUUGAUACAUUUGCGAGUGAUUUGACUUGGACGAUGUGCGAUCAGCUGCGGGUGGUUACAGUUGUAUAACAAUUAGAGUGUUAUAAAAAUUAUUUCUUAUAAUUUCAACCCCUCCCCCCAAUCAAAAAAAAAAAUUGUAAAUAUGCCACUGUGUCGAGGUUUAAUAUUUUAUUUUACCGACUAGGUAUCUAUAAUUUUUUGAUAUUUUUCAACACACGUUUCGCAUCAUCGUUACGACGUUCUCAAAUAUCAUUAAAACCUUAACCGUCUUUUUUCAAUUAAUAUAUUGACAAUAUAUAAUAUAUAUAGUAGACAGUGUACUAUAAUUUAUAGGAUAGGUUAGGUAAUAUUAAUAUACGAUAUCGUUAUAAGUGUACACUGUAAAGCAGAUUUGGCGUAAUGAGCUAUUAUUUAAAGUGAUGUCUACUCAAAGGCGUAACUAGGAUUUAAUAGUAACUAAUGUUCAAUAUAAAUUUGGGGCCCCACACCCCCACCACAAUAAGCGUAACUCCUAUAAAAUUAAAAAUAAACAAUAAAAUUAAAGUAUAAACUUAUCAUAAAAGCGAGAUGUAAAUAACAAAAUAAGUACAAUAUAUAUUAUAGGGGCUAAAUACACAUAUAGAGGGGCUUAGCCCCCCCCCUAGUUACGCCGAUGUGUCUACUUAAAGUAAAACAAUACUAUGACAAUCUACUGCAGUCACAUAUUAUAUUAUGCAGUUUCUGUGUAGAUAAAUAAUUAUCAUAUAAAAGUGUCAAACGAUUUUGUGUUUACUUUUUCAUUUCAAGAAACUAAUGUGCAAUCAAAAAAAUAUUUCUUAAAUUUUAUUGAGAGUGAUGGAUAGUUUGGUCCACGACGUAGAUGGCAUGAUUUGUGUCUAAAAAAAUGUAUGUAGUAUACUGUAUAAUAUAAUAUUUAUGUUCAUAUAUCUGUUGGACUUGUAAGUUGUACGGUUAUUAAAUAAGCAAUUAAAAAAAAAUGUCCACACGAACAGCGUUAUUUUGAUUCAAUUGACCUCGACAUGAUGCGACAAAUAAUGCUAUUAUAUUUUAUUUACUAAUUAUAUUGAUAAUUGAUUUAUUUAAUAAUUGUGUUUAACGACCGUCGCAUUUUUUUUCUUAGACAAUAAUCGGUAGCUAUAGUAAUGUUUGAUCGUUUGAAUAUAGAAAGGCGUAUGAUAUGUUUUUAUUUCCAAAAUAUGUUGAAUGUAUUCACAAUCCUUUUUUAACUUUGACACCAAUCUUUAGACUUCUCGCAUAUUUAAUAUUUAUUAUUUUUUUUUACACGUGGCAUUUAAAUGACGACAUAAUGAAUUAUCUGCAGGAAAUUAUAUAUACAUUGUUUUAGUUAUUUUCUACAUAUAAUGAUAUAAGUUUUUUCUUUUUUAAUAAUGCUGUACAUUUUAAUCGAUUGCUUAAUAAAAUAAUAUUUACUUAUCAAUCACAAUCGUUUUGUACAGACAAGUACCUAUUCAUUUAAAUGUAUUAUUGUUGAACAUGAUUUUGAUUUGUUUUUGAAUGACUGGGAUUUCAAAAACGUUUUUCGAUUCUUGUUUAUAGUCCAAGUUGUAUAUAGCCCUAAUUUGAUUAUAAAUUUAAUCAUAAAAAUAACUUUCAAGUAAAGUUAUAACGAAAUUCAUAAUCAAUGCCCAGGUGGGUAUAUAACUUAACACAAAAAACUGCUUUUUUCUGCAAAUAUUAUUAUAAGUUUAUUACACGACCACAAUGGUAACCAAAUAGUUCAUUCGACUUUAUUAAUAAAUUAUUACAUAAUAUAUAGUUUCGAUUAGUUUAAAUUGUAAUUAAUCAAACAUGUACCAGUGUUUGUCCAUGUAACUUUAUUAAUUCACAUGCAUGGUUUUAAUUAUGUUACAAGAGUUACAACCAAAAUUUUAAAUAAUAUCAUAUAGAUUGUAAUAAAAAAUUCUUUUUGGGCAUCACAUUAUGAAAUACAGUGGCACAAUGAUUCAUUUUAUUAUCUUAUCGUACCUCACCGUGAUUGACAAAAAUUAUUAUCACAUUAAAUAUGUAUUAUAUAUAUAUAUAUAAAUUAUAUAUAAUAUAUUACAACGAAUUUAAGGUUUAUGUUUAAAAAAGUUAGAUACAUGGAAUGGUCAGCAAAAAAUUUGGUAGUUUGUUCACAAUAAUAAUGAUAUAACAAAGCCGUUUGCACAAUGUCACAUGACAUUCUGCAUUAGGAUUUUUUUUUAAAUAUGUGUAAACAGUUGUUGAUCAAUAUAAUAAUAAUAGUAUAAUGUAUGCAAAAAUAAAUUAUAAUAUAUUCUUUUUUGACGACAAUAGUUGGUUAUGUAUCGAGUAAAAGGCGUACGAUCGCAUGACAUUUUUGUUUACAUAACACAAUAAUAAUAUGUAAUGCGCCGACAUUUUAGAUGGUC